AUGGAUCCGCACUCCCCCGGGCUGGACGGCGACCUCCCGACCUUCCCUCUCCCCCGAUCCAUGUCGACCCGCAACCCCUCAGGGAUGGCCGUGCUGAACGACCCAAACACCGCUCCACCUGUGCCCUCCCCGCAGUACGCCAACGCAAUGGCCUCCGCCGGCCAUCCGCCCCCUGCAAGCGCUCACCUCCCCCUGGUCAUGGACAAGGGCCUUCCGCCGCCCCCCGUGCCCAAGGAUGACGUCCCGCUACCAGAUCCCCAGGGUCAGCACAAGCACAGCGCCUCCGUCGACAGCCGGAGUAGCUACCGGACGUCCCUCGCAAGCUCGCGCUACGACACCAACUCUAAGCGGUCAACCGCCAUCUCGAGCCGCCGGCCCUCCUUCGGCAGCAUCUCCUACGCCUAUAAAUACCUCGACGAUGUCCCGCCCAUCCCCCCAACCAUCCCGCACUUCUCCUCCGCCUUCUCUGACUCCAGCGUUUCCGACGUCUUCCCCCGCCAUGACGGCAAAGCCGACAGCACGAGCUUCGACUUCCGCAACUCGGCCGAGCAGCUCGCCCCCAAGCGUGACGCCGACAAACCCGCCCCCAGCCCGCUGCGUCCCUCGUCCAACGCCACCUCUGAGCGACUCAGCAGCUCCCGCGGCUCCGCAGAGCUCUUCUUCCACAGCCCGUCGCACAGCACGCAUGGCCCCCCACUGGACCUCCCAGACCUGUCCGAGGCGCGCUCCCCAUCCGUCUCCUCCAGCAACCACGAAUACAAAGCCUUCCGGCCGCCAACAUCCGACCACCUCCACCCCACAGACGCGGAGAACCACGGCGAUGCGCACGGGCGGAAGAACUCCGACGCCAACAGCGAGAGCAACCUCUCCGUGACGAGCUUCGCGCGCGCCCUGGGCCUCGACGGCGCCGGCCACGCAGCCCCCAACAGCACCACCGAAAGCGUCACCACCUCCUCGGAAUCCUCCCCCUCCGACUCCCGCAGCGGCACCUCCUUCUCCAGCGUCGCGUCGGAGGCCAGCUCGCGGCGCAAACCCUCCGACCUGGGCCGGCUCGGCCCCGUCGAGGAACACCCCAGCGACCCGGGGCUGAAGCCCGUCCUGGACGAGCCCCUCCGCACCGAGAGUCCCGUCGAGCUGGAAGCUCCCCGCAUCCCGGAGGCACUGUUCAGUCCCGACUCUCCCACAGACCCGGCUAUUAAUCGAGGCGGCUUCAGUAUGGCGCCGAGCCAGCCCCCCAAGAACGCGACUCAUCCUGCCCCAUCCGCGCCGACCUCCGAUGACAAUGCCCUCCCCGACAGGCCGACCAUGACGCGGUCUGCCACCGAGCCCGUGGCCCGUCCGCCGCCGCGGCCCAAGGGUCGUUGUCGCGGCUGCGGGGAGAUGAUCAUGGGGAAGUCCGUGUCGUCCGCAGACGGCCGCCUGACCGGUCGGUAUCACAAGGCGUGCUUCGUCUGCUACGACUGCCGCACGCCGUUCCAAACGGCCGAUUUUUACGUCCUGGAUGAUCGGCCCUUCUGCGCCCAGCAUUACCACGAGCGAAACGGCUCCGUGUGCCACACCUGCCACACCGGCAUCGAGGGCCAGUACUUGGAGACGGUGGAACGCACCGGCCGCGGCCCGGGCGACUCACAAAAGUUCCACCCGGAUUGCCUGACCUGUCGCACGUGCCAUAUCCUGCUCAAGGGCGAGUACUUUGAAUGGAAUGGGUUGGUAUAUUGUGAACGGGACGCACGCCGUGCGGCCGCGUCCAUGUCACCCCAUCGCUUCCGUCGCCCGACCAUGCCGUCAUCCCCGCUGGCGCAUUCGCGGGGCUACUCGCGCGGAUAUCCUCCGCCGCCAGCUGGUUACCAGGGGCCGGGACCAGGUAUGCGGCCGUACGGGCCAGGACCAGGCCCUAUGUCUGGUCCUAGCCUGCGGCCUCCCGCCGGCCCCUACGAUAGCGGAUCGUGUUCAUUCCCGCAGGGCAUCUGGUGUAUUGAUAUUGAUCUUGUGUUCUGA